GUUAUAUAUUUUGUAGUACCGGAACUAUUAAACAGCUUAUUUUGCGCACACACGGAACGUUAAAACAGCGGCACCGGUAAACAUGGCAGCCUCCGCGAGGAGUUUAAUGAGAGUGUUGGCUGGGUGUCAGAGACAGAUCCUCGUCUCCAGCGCUGCAUCUUCUCUAUGUCCGUCUCAGAAUGCAGCAAGAAGUCAUUCUGUGAGGACCUACGCUGCAGCAGCCAAGGCGUCUAAGAGGGAAAGAAAAGUCGAAAAGGGGGCGGUGAAGGAAGUAAAGCAAGAAGAGAAGAAGAAAGAGAAACAGAAAAUCGACGACACGGGUCGUCAUAAGCCGUACGGCCUGACAGCCUGGGAGCCCAUCGAUGACGUGUAUGUAGCGAGACAUUAUCCCAAACCGGUGUAUGAUGCGGGUGUUGCUGUGGACAUGUUGAAGAGCUUUCCGAAGCUGGAUUUUACCCCUGAAGAUCAGCCUCUUUUUAUUAAUCUGAAGCUGGAUAUGAAACUAGAGAAAAAGAAAAAAGUGGACCCCUUUGUUAGCACGGUUCAUUUACCUCAUCCAUUUAAAGCCGAUGCGAACAAAGUCGUCGUCUUCACAGAGGAUCCAGAGGAAGCCAGAGUGGCUAUAGAGCAUGGAGCAGAUACAGUGGGAGGAGCUGAACUUAUUGAAAAGAUUUUGGAAGACGAAAUCACCGCAGAUUUUUACCUGGCUGUCCCUGACAUCGUCCCGAAGCUCCUGCCUUUAAAAAACAAACUGAGGAAGAAAUUCCCGAAGAGCAAACGAGGGUCAGUCGGGGUGAAUAUUCCUAAGAUGCUGCAGUUGUUCAAGAGCGGAUACGAGUACAUGGUGGAGAGGGAAGCCUACGUCAUCACUCAAGUCGGAACGCUGGACAUGCCAAAGGAGCACAUCCUAGAAAAUAUGCGGGUCAUAAUUCAGGACGUCGCCUCCCAUAAGCCGGCAGAAUUCGGCUCCAUAAUCGAGAGAGCCCUCACAAACAGCAUGACGAGCGAGGCUUUACGCAUCAAAUAUCAACCGUUUAUACAGCAAGAGGUGAAGGAGGCGUGAUUACAGCACCCAGUGUGUGUAUAUUUCAUUGUGUAAUGACAUGUAAUAAAGAUUCUCCGAAUAUGCAACA